AUGCUCCGGGCACCUUAUGGCUACAGGAUCGAUGUCACACCUGCGGCUCAGGGGCACAUUUUCUUUGAGAAGUUCAUCACCAUGGUGAAGGUUGCGUUGAUGGAGGAAGCUUCGGCGCAGGAAGUCAUCUUCGCAAGCGAUCCCCAGGUAAAGCUAGACUUGCUUCGCGGUGGCGCACGCUUGCGCCGUGCAACGCAGCAAGGCUUAGAUGCACUGUCAACGGAGUUGGAAUACUUCACUCAGGAGCUGGAGAAGAAGACCUUCCUUCCAGUUCCAUCGGAGAUUGCACGGUGUCAUCAUUUGGGCAUGAACCAGCCCGUCUUCGUGAAACCCCCUACCACGGACUACGACCUCGUGUCACACUUGAUGCAAAUCUUCGUGGAGGAGCUUGCCAUCGGAGUGUCGCUGCCGCUCUGGAGCGCAGUGAGGGAGAACCGUUUGGAGGAUUGCCGGAAGCUUCUCAAGGAACAGGCGGACCCCAACCUUUCGGAUGGACGCGGGACAACAACCCUGCAUUUGGCUGCUCAGCAACGUGAAGUCGAGAUCGUCCGCCUUUUGAUCCGUGUCGGUGCAGCGAGCACG